UUCUGACAAACUUCUCAGUAAGCCUCAGUGAAGCUAUGUGGAACCGACAAGAGGCGAAUCAUCAGUUUUUUACAGGUUUUAUCUUUUCCUUAAUUUUGACCUCAUCUUCAUUUGCUGUAGAUCAGCUCAGGUUGGCAGGUCCUGGAUCGACUCAGUGCUCUGGAAGAGUUGAAGUCCACCACAACAAUACCUGGGGAACGGUCUGUGAUGACAGCUGGGGCAAAGAUGACGCUGAAGUGGUUUGUCGACAGCUGGGCUGUGGUACGGCCCUCAGCGCACCAUCUUCUGCUCAUUUUGGAAAUGGAAAUGGAACAAUCUGGCUUGAUAAUGUGAACUGUUUAGGCAAUGAAAGCUCUCUAACCAGCUGUCAGCACCAAGGGUACGAGAUACACAACUGUGACCAUAGUGAGGAUGCUGGUGUUGUCUGUUCAGGGAGCCUUCCAAAACCGACCAUCUUUGUGAGCCCUGUUGCUGAGCUUACCUGGGGUCAGCAAGUCAGCAUCACUUGUGCUUCUGCAAUUCAACUUUUAGAUGGGACUUUUAUUCUCCAAAAGACUUCAGACCCAUUCAGAAUGAGUCAGUCAUCUGGUUCCACCUCUGCUACCUUCAGGAUCCCUAAAGUGACCCUUGAUCAUCAUGGAGAAUUCCAGUGUCAGUAUGAGAAAAGGAUUUCAAGCCAGACCUUCACCUCCGUCCUCAGUGACUCUGUCAAUCUUACUGUGCAUCUGCUGAGACCCUAUAUUUCCCUGACAUCCCCAAAUGUAGGGGUGGUCUGGGGACCUGAAGAAGCAGAGGUUACCUGGGGUGACCGCUUCUCCUUCACUUGCUCCAUUAACCCAAACCAUCCUCAGGGAAAAUUCUCUCUCAUCUUCUCUGGCUCCAACAUAACAGAAACCAAGCCAGCAGUCAACAGCUCAGCUUCCUUUAAUUUCCCAACGGCUGCCUUUGAACACCAGGGCAACUACAGCUGUGUGUAUGUGGUUUUACAGUCUACACGCAGAUUCAGUUCUGCUAAGGCAGUACCUAUUCGUCUUGUCAUUAAGGGCUCUUCACAGAUGCUGCUAUACUCACUAUCUGGUGGAAUCCUGCUCCUGGUCCUGCUGGUGUUUCUAGGAGUCUGCCUGGCCUGCAGAAGGAGACAUUGCACUAAACAGCCUCGAGCAUCUGACCAAAACCAAAUGGCUGCCCAGCAGUUUAACACACAAGACCAUGAAAAUGAUUUGGACGACUAUGAGAACGUUGACAUCAUGCUUUCAACAAAGAAACUGGAGGUGGACAAACAGUCAAUUUGUACUCCUGCAAUGGACUGA